GUGGAUGAAGACUAUAUCCAGGAUAAAUUUAACUUGACUGGACUAAAUGAACAAGUGCCACACUACAGACAGGCCCUGGAUAUGAUCCUUGACUUGGAACCAGAUGAUGAACUGGAGGAGAACCCCAAUCAGAGCGAUUUGAUAGAGCAGGCUGCCGAGAUGUUGUAUGGGCUGAUACAUGCCCGCUACAUCAUGACCAACAGGGGCAUCGCACAGAUGAUAGAGAAGUGGCAGCAGGGAGACUUUGGCUACUGUCCCAGAGUUUACUGUGAAAACCAGCCAAUGCUACCUAUUGGUCUUUCAGAUGUACCAGGGGAAGCCAUGGUGAAGCUGUACUGCCCAAAAUGCCAGGAUGCAUACACCCCAAAGUCAUCACGCCAUCAUCACACAGAUGGGGCCUACUUUGGAACAGGCUUUCCUCACAUGCUGUUCAUGGUGCACCCAGAGUAUCGACCCAAACGACCCGCUAAUCAGUUUGUCCCUAGGCUGUAUGGCUUCAAGAUCCACCCUUUGGCAUACCAACUGCAGUACCAGGCUGCGUCCAAUUUCAAGCUACCACUGCGAGGUACCGGGCAUCCCAACAGCAAGAGAUAA